UGCUGUGGGAGAAUGGCAGCGGCUCCGCACGGCGUGCACACCACGGGCCUGGGGGUCCUGGACGAAGCGCUGGGCCUGGGGCUGCCGGCUGCCGGGGACACGGUGGACGCGGUGUCGGCCGAGGGCGCCUACUACCUGGAGCAGGUUACAAUCACUGAAGCACCUGAAGAUGAUUAUGAAUAUGAAGAGAUACCAGAUGACAAUUUUAGCAUUCCCGAAGGUGAUGAAGAUUUGGUAAAAGCAGUUCAGUACAUUCAAGAAAAAGUUACAGACACUCACAUUUUGGAGCAGAAAACAGUUCUUCCUUCAAAGUAUCAAGUACCUGAAGUUAUAGAAGACUUUCUUUGCAAUUUCCUGAUCAAAAUGGGAAUGAAUAGAACUCUUGAUUGCUUUCAAUCUGAAUGGUAUGAGAAUAUUCAAAAAGGAAUAACUGAUGCCAGAGUUUCUGGGAAUGUCCCAGAUGUUUAUACCCAGAAUAUGCUUUUAGAAAAUGAGAACAGAAUUUUGAAGAAGGACUUGAAGCAUUUCAAACAGGCAGCUGACAAGGCCAGAACAGAACUGCUGAAAACUCAGAAGGAACGUGAUUUUCAUCGAAUGCACCACAAACGAUUAGAGCAGGAAAAAAACAAGUUAGUCAAUGACAUCAAAGGGUUAAAAUUACAUUAUGCUUCUUAUGAACCGACUAUAAGGGUGUUGCAUGAGAAGCAUCACAAUUUACUGAGGCAGAAAAUGCUGAAAACCUUGGAAAGAGACAAAGAAGUCAUGCAGAUUGGUGGAAUUCAAGCAACACUGAGGCAUAUGGAAACAGGGAAAAAUUAACAUGUUCUUUAUUCUUGAGUUGCUCCUAAUCGUAAAAUGAAAAAUGUGCUGCAAAGUCCUACUCAAAAAUGUCUUUCUGAAGCCAGAAAACAACCUAAACCAAAGAUGAAGGAUUAUAUAAAGGAGUCAGAAUAUCCUACUGAUAUAGAUCAAAAUUCAAGUCUGACUGUGAGUAAUGAAAACACUUCUGGGAAAGCCGACUUCACGCUGAAUAAUGUAUUUAGACUUCAUCAACUUCCUGUGACCUGUGUUGCAAUGCACCCCCAAGACAAUCUUCUAAUCAGCUGUGGGGAGGAUCAUCUGUGGAAGAUGGUGGAGCUUCCCAAAGGCAAUGUGCUUCUCCAUGGACUGGGGCAUACUGACUGGCUUUCUGACUGCUCUUUCCAUCCCAGUGGAAACAAGCUGGCUACUACAAGCGGUGACACUACAGUUAAAUUAUGGGAAUUAUCAAAAGGUGAUUGCAUCUCGACCCUAGAAGGACACAGUCAUGCUGUAUGGUCCUGUUCGUGGAAUACCUGGGGAGAUCUUGUGGCUUCUUCCUCACUGGAUGCAACUAGUAAAAUCUGGGAUGUGAACAGUGGAAGAUGCAGAUACACUCUGUAUGGACAUACAGAGUCUGUCAAUACCAUUGAGUUUUUCCCUUGCUCCAGAAUUCUUCUCACGGGCUCUGCAGAUAAGACACUCUCAGUAUGGGAUGCAAGAACUGGCAAAUGUGAGCACUCACUUUAUGGUCAUAUACAUUCUAUCAAUGAUGCUACCUUCUCUCCAAUGGGUCACAUGAUAGCAUCCAGCGAUGCCUUUGGUGUUAUAAAGCUAUGGGACUUUCGGAAGCUCUUACCAAUUGUAUCCAUUGAUGUGGGCCCAAGUCCUAGCAAUGAGGUGAACUUUAGUCCAACAGGUCAAGCUUUAGCUCAGGCAAGCAGCACUGGGGUUAUCCAUUUGCUGGAUCUUAAAUCAGGGGAAAUUCACAAAUUGAUGGGCCAUGAAAGUGAGGCUCACACAGUCGUGUUUUCUCGUGAUGGAGAGAAUAUGUUUUCCGGAGACUCUGACGGUACUGUUCGAUUGUGGGUUUGA